CGCUGGGAGAGGCACCGCCGGAGGGACCCGCGCUGGCGGUUCGAGGCGCAGCCAUGCAGGACGAGCGGAGCGAGCUGCGGGAGCUGAACGGCCGCCUGUGCGCCUACGUGCGCGGGGUGCGCGCCCUGGAGGAGGAGAACCGGCGCUUGGCGCAGGAGCUGGCGGCGUGGCGCCGGCCGAAAGGGCUCCGGGAGCCCGAGGUGGCGGUGGCUGAGCUGCGCCUGGCGGUGGCCGAGCUGCGGCGGGCGCUGGGGGACGCCGAGCUGGAGCGGGACGCGCUGCGGGCCGAGCGGGCGCGCUUGGAGACGGAAGGCGCCCGGUUGGUGGAACUGCGUCGCCGCCGCCUCGAACCCGAGGCCGGCCGGCUUAGCGGGCAGCUGGAUCGCCUGGCCGCCGACUGCGCCGCGCUGGAGGCGCUGCUGGGCCGCCUGGAGGAUGAGCGCGGCCGCCUGCGGGACGGACGGCGGCGCCCGGCCGCGCUGCCCGCCCGGCCGCCGCCGCCUCCUCCAACUGCGCGCCCGCGGAGCCUGGACGUGCGGGAGCUGGAGGAGUGCUGCGCGCUGGUGCUGAGCUGGAGCGGGGCGCAGAGCCUGGAGCGCUACGAGGCCGAGCUGCGGCAGCUGGAGGAGCGCCUGAGCCGGGAGGGCGCCGAGCAGCUGCGCGCCCGCAACCUGGAGAGCCGGCGCCGGGCCGAGGAGCUGCGGCAGCGCUGCGCUCAGCUGCGCGCCUUGGCCGAGCGGCUGGAGCGGGAGCGGCUGGAGCAGGAGGAGCGCCACGGCGCCGACCUGACCGAGUACCAGAUGAUCAUCGCUGCUCUGGAAGAAGAAAAGCAGUUCCUCACCCUGUCUAUUGCAGAGUACUUAAAAGACUACCAUGAACUUCUGCAAGUGAAAGCAAGUCUCAGUCUUGAAAUUGCAACUUACAGAGCUUUGUUAGAGGGAGAAAACAGCCAGUGGAUUGUAAUGUGGGAAGAAGAAUAUGGAAGGAAAGUGCCGCAAGGGGUCCGAAACCUACUUCACGAAUAUAGCAACCGCUACUCGGCUUAUCGGCAAGAGAAAGGAAAGAUAGCUUUCCCAGCAAUCCAGAAUGUUGACACAAGAUAUAAAACCCCGGUCGCAAACAUGAGAAGCUCUGCAGUUUAUUCAUCUCAAACAAAACCAAGCAGAAUUCAGACAGCUGCUACUGAGAAAAUGUUCAAAAGAGACGCCGUCUGCUUAGAAUCCCGUCCGUCAGCAGCUUCUCUAAAGGAUAUGGCUCAUCAGAGAAUUGUGACAGACCAGAGGCGGGUCCAAACUAUCAGCCCAUCUCCUUUUAUUAGCAGAGAGAGUGAAAUUCAGCGAAGAACCAUGCCUGAAAUCAAAAGAACUGACGCCGUGAUCACAGCGUCUUUUUCAAAAGGAUCGGCAGAAGUUCGAAAAGAUACAACAGUCCCCAACACUUUGGAGAAUCUAAGGCCCAAAAUAGUUGAUGUGUCUGGUACAUCUUACAGCCUAAAUUCCAGUAAAAAAGAAACUAAAGAGAGAACCCAAGAAGGACCUGAUGCGCGAGCAAAUAAACAAAUCUGGGAAGUUCAGCCAAUGAAAGAGGAGAAGACUGUUUUGGUACAAGAAAGACACGAAAAGGAGAGAUCGGCCAGGAAAGUGGCCGAUUCUGUCCAGGAAGAAGUGGGAAAGGAAUUGGCUGGAGUUGAAACAGCAGUUAACUUUGAAAAGAAGAUGGAAAUUAAGCAUGGGACAGAGGAGAAAAGUCAUAUCAUGAAAGAACUGAACACUGGGGUUAGUAGAAAAGCAGCCAGUCUUGAAGAUGGUGGAAUAUCCAGGAGUGGAAAAUAUGUCAACUGGGAAGAACACAUUAGGGAUGAUACAUCAGGAACCAAUUUGCCAUCCGAUAUAAUGAUGGAGAAAAGUGGUUUGUUCCAAAAGGACAAAAAUGUGACAGUACAAAGCAAAGAAGCUGUUGAGAUACCCACUCCAGGCCAGCAAUUUAAAAACAACAGUACCGAAAUAACAUUACAAGACAUGAAACCUUUGAGAGGUAGACAGAAGGAUGAAACCAUACCUAAGUUCUCCAAAAACAUUCUGGAGAAGGAAUUGAACAGAGUAGGUGAAGAAGGAAGCCCAAAAAUGGAUACCUUACUGACAGAAAGCAUAGCAGAAAAUAUUGUUUCUGACAUUCUUAAAGGGUUUGUGCAGAAAUCUUCUGAUUUGGGCCUUCCCAGUGAUACCAAAUUCACCUUCUCUGAAAAGAAACUUUCCGAGGAUGGGAAAAUGAAGUCUGAGGUUACUGUAGAGUCUACAGUUCAAGAAGACCUGACCAUUUCAGAUGAGUUUGAUCUGGGACAUUUCUUAAAGAAAGAUGUUAAAGGGGCAAGAGGUGGUGAGGGAGCUUUAUCUGAAGCUGCCUUAGAAGACAUCAUAAAUGCCAGCUUGAAAAGAAAGGGGGGCCAAGGAAGGACUGUUCAGGUUGAGAUAGUUGAGGAGCCGCUAGAAUCUUUUGGUGAAGGAGCAGAAUUCCCAACACCCUUUGAAGUGGAAGAGGCAGAAGAUAUUAAGCCUGGUACAGCUGAACAUUUGUAUUACGGGGGUGAAGAGAAGGCUACCAUAAGUUCUGCUGAACUUCUUAAACAACAGCAACCCAGUGUGAUUGUGUCUCAUGUCGAAGAAGUCUCUGAGGGGGAUGAAGUUGUUGAUGAAGAAAAAUAUUUUGUAUCCACCCCAGAUGAGCAUGAGAAAGAUGAUGGCUCCGUAUAUGGACAAAUCCAUAUUGAAGAGGAAUCCACAAUUAAGUAUUCAUGGCAAGAUGAAUUUCUUCACGGAGCUCAGAAAAAGGUAAACAAAGGGAAGGUUUCACCAGAGCUUAUUUACCAAAGGGUGGGGGAAGAAGGAAAUGCCUUUUUUUCUAAGGACGAGCCACCGGUGGAGCAGGUAGCACACGCUGAAUCCAUCGUUAUUGAGAGAGAGAUUAAAAUACCACAUGAAUUUCAGGCAUCCAUAAAGAGUCUGUUUUCUGAGGAGUCGAAAGACCCCAAGCACCAGCUGAAGGAAGCGUUGGAAACUCUUGAAGACAGCCUUCCAGAAAGUGUCAAACAAGAGCUGUCAGCGCUAACCAAAGAAGGCCAAGCUGGUUCAAGCAGUUUGGAAGUUGAUAUUAAAAAAGUGGAGCAGACCAGAAAGGGGGGCUUGGUCACUAUAGUUGCAGAAGUCAAUUUGUCUGAAACAUUAGAUGCUGACCAGUUUGACACAGGAUAUCUUGGUGAAGGCCUUGCCAUUGACAGAGAGUCACCAACACGAGUCUCUAGUAUGUAUAAUUUUGAUGAACGCAAACAGCAAAAGUCAGAAAGCUACGAAGAUGGUGGAAAUAGAGUUGAAAUAAUAGAAGUUUCUUCCACGCCAUGGACUACCCAAGCAGUUUCUAGCUCGGCUGAAUUAAGCAGCAGCGAUAGCAUGAGAUACCAUACCAGUGAGCAAGUUGUCAGUGAAGGCCCAGUUUUCAGAAGUUUGGGACUUGACAGUGAAAGUGACGCAUCUCGCGUGCAAGGGACGUUCGAUAUCAACAGAUCUGUGCGGCAAAUUGUGGUUGGCCCAACAGAAAUUCACAGAACUGAGCAUAUCUUAUGUGAAGGCCCCUUUUCAGAAACUCUGGAGUUUGGUAAGGGUGGCUCCGAGGCAGGAACAACCAGUGUCAGCCGAUCCGUACAACGAUCUGCACGUGGUCCUGAAGAAAUUCAAACAGUGGAAGAAAUCAUGUAUAAAGGGCCCAUACAAGGAUCAGUUGAAGUUAGUGGUCCUGAAAACCGUACCCAGGCACAGUUUUUCACUGACAGCAAGUCCACUAAGCAUAUCAUGUUGGGCUCAAAGAAAAUCACUGACGUUUUUGAGGGGGCAGCUUCUGACUUGUCCCCAGAUGAUGAUCGCAGGGAUCUCUCAGAAACAGCAGGGUUGGCAGAAAGCAGUAGAUCCACCAGGCACAUUCAAAUAGAUCCAAAAGAGGCACACACUCAGCAAGCAUUUUAUGAAGGCCCUCUUUCUGGAGAUCUGGAACCCAGUAGAGGUGGCAACUCUAUUUCAAUUGAUGGGUCAACGAGACUCAUUAAGGUAGGACAGAAAGAAACCCCAGUCGCUGUCCAAGCCGUAUAUGAAAGAUCUUCUAAAAUGACUGAACCAAGUCAUGUUCAAGACUGGCUUUUGAAAGAAGGGACAAUGGACACUAAUACAGCCAUCAGACACAUUAAGUUAGCUCCCAAGGAAUUGGUGACAAUGGAGCACAUUGUUUUCAAAGGUCCCAUUUCUGAACAGCGCUUGGAAUUCAGCGAAUCUGGACAAACGUUUUCUUCUGAUGCGUCUGUAAGGCACGUUACUCGGGGGCAGAAGGAUAUUUGGAGCAGCGAACACGUUUCAUACCAAGGUUCCGUUUCUGAAUCGUCUGGUAUCAGCUCUGCUGGGGAAGAUGCUUCAGAAAUGGAAGGGCCCACCGAGAUCAGUCGCUCAAUCAGACACAUCCAACUGGGCCCCGCUGAAACCCACGCAGAACAGAUCAUUUUCCAAGGCCCUAUUUCUGAUAAAACGCCAAAGGUUGAUAUUGUAGAGCUUUCUCCCUCAGAUGGGCCACCAGAAACUGGGUGCAUAAAGAUAGGACCUAAGGAAGCAUCCUUUACCUUUCAGAUGGAUAUAACUAACGUAGCAGGAGGAGGCCACGGAGCAAAAAUUCUGUUACCGGGUGCAAAAGAUGUCCAUCCGGCAGAGGAUACAGCUGCAGGUAGCGAGAGAGACGCCGAACACGAGCAAAGAGCAGAGAAGGCUGCAUUUGAUCAGACUGUUCAGCUGCAAAGGAUGGUAGACCACCGAUCUGUCAUUUCUGAUGAUAAGAAAAUUGCCCUUCUUUACUUGAAUGAAAAUAAAGAAGAGGAGGAGGAGGACGGGCCUUGGUUCUGAAAAUAAGAGUUUUAUUAAAUGUUUACUUGAAGUUAAUAUAUAGCUGAUUUUUUUAAAAAGUAGCAGUUAAUGUUGAAGAGUUUGGAAUACAUUGAUGUAUUUUUGCAGAGUCCCUCAAAUACUUGCUUUUCAUGCUAUGGCUAACCACUUUGGAGCAUAGCUCGCCGCAGUUUCUCUGCACUGCUUUUGUUAAUUGCCACGAGGUUGCCUUAUAGCAGUAUUUAUCAGAGCCACCAUGAACCCCGUGUUACAGUAUUUCGUAUGCAACUCCUGUAAGCCACAUAGUUAAAGUAAGGGAAGUUUGGAGCAUUUUUUAUUGCAUGCAAUUGACUGCGUUGGUUGCUGGCCAGCAAAUACCAACAACUGUGAAUUACUUUAUUUGCAUUUCUAAUCACACUGAUAUGCAAUAAGUAUUGAGAUGCACUUAUAAGAUGUAAGUUUGCUUCACUAAGCAAUUUAUAAUUUGCUAAAAAAAAAAGAAAAAUAAUGGUAAGAUUGGCUGUUCUGGGUUUUCCGGACUGUGUGGCUGUGGUCUGGUAGUUUUACUUCCUAACAUUUUGUUAGCAUUUAUGGUUGCAGUAUUCGGAGGCAUAUCACAGAAAUAUGUGUUUCUCUCCAUGGCGCAAUUGUCAUUUUGGGUACACACUAAGGAGAGCUCCGUCGAGCCGGGAAAAGGUUCUGUGAAGCUCAGCCUCUGUUUCCACAAAAAGCCUCUGGAAUGGAUUAAAACCACCAGGACCUUUGUUCAUUCUUGGUCUAAUAUUCAAAGCCACACUGUCCCCAAUGUUCAAACAGCACUUUCGUGGCUGGUCGGUCUGUUUCCACUAGUGUUUCAUCCCAUUUCAAAAACAUCUGAGAGUUAUUGGGAGACAGAGAUGCAGGUUGCUGAUCUGCCAAAGAAGGAGGCUAGACACACCUGCUCUCUUGAAGUAUUUGGAGGGCAGGGAGCUGUUCCCAUUAGCAGCAGAGGCUAGGACUUGUAAUAACUGGUUUUAAUUAUAGGCAGAAAGGUUCUGACUUGGUAUUAGGGGGAAAAUCACAGUUGUGCAACAGUGGAAUCAGCUACCUCGGGAGGUGUCACUGGGAGUCUAGCAGUGGCUGUACAAACACUUGUCAGAGAGGCUGAUUCAGCAUUGACCAGGGGGUUGGACUAGAUGGCCUCUAUGGGCCCUUCCAACGCUGAUUCUGUGACAUACAACCAUUUAUAUAUUGUCGAAGGCUUUCCCGGCCGGAAUCACUAGAUGGCCGGCAUCUUAAGAAACAUCAGGAGAAAAUAUUAUUGGAAUUCGGCCAUACAACCUGGAAAACCCACAACAUACAUUUGAAAGUGCCUUCUGAAGUGCCUAGGCCAGUGUAGCUUAAUGGUUAGAUUAUCAGACUAGAAUCUGGAAGACAUGGGUUCGAAUCCCCACGCUGGCACGAAAUCUUGCUGGGUGACCUUGGGCCAGUCACACAGAGUCUGAUCUACCUUACAGGGUUGUUGUGGGGAUGAAAUGGAGGAGAGGAGGAUGUACCCCACUCUCUGUGGCCACUGGAGAGAAAGGUAGAGUAUUAAUGUUCUCUGUUCUCUGCUUUGACUAGCCGUGGCUCUCCAAGCUCUUGGGCCAAGACCUUUUUCUGGCCCUGCUUCCUGAGAUUCUUUAACUGGAGGUGCCAGGAACUGAACCCAGAUCCCCUGUGUGUGAGGUGCAUGUGUUCUUCUGAGCUGUGGUUCCUCCCAACGAGAGCCUAUGUGGGAAAAAGGUGUUGAAUUUUUCACUUGGAUGUUUGAAGCUGGACACAGUAUUGUCGGUGCGAGCUUCUAAUUUUAGACAUAUUUCAGUAUGUAGUUUGGUUUUUUGCACCUGUAACUGAAUAUAUUUUCCUAUAACCCUGUCAGUAUGAGACUGUGUUUAUUUUAUAUAUAUAUAUAUAUAAAGAGAAAGAGAAACAGGGAGAGAGAGAGAGACAGUAUAACUGUCUAUGGUCUAAGAGGCACACAGAUUAAAAAUUCUAUAUAAGCAUUUAUGAUAACGUGCCUCCUGUUUAACAGUUGUGUUUUAAACAGCUGGAGCUAGAAAGAUUAAUAAGAUGCUGCGCGAUGCAUAGGAAGAAUUGAAUCAAACCAAUUCUUUUCCUUUAUGGAAGGUGAACGCGACAGAGUUUGGGGGCAGUGAUUUUAUUCUAUAUUUAUAUUCUUGUCAGUGGAGCACUUUCCUUUUAAUGCUGCAAUUGUAGACACACAUUGAAAGUAAACACCGUUUGGAGCGGAGAGUUUCUUCUGAAGCAGUGCGCUUAAAACACUUCCUAAUAAUGCAGGUCCCAGUCCAGUUUAGUCAUAAUAGAAGAUGCACCUAACUUGUUCUUUUUCUUUUAGUGGUUCUUGAGUCACAACUAACUGUAACUGGAUCGGGACACACAGUCUUGAAGUAGUAGGUUUUGUGAGCAAGUGCAGUAGAGAGAGAAUUCUGUGUGAGAACAGCAACUCUCUUUAGCAGGAGUCUCCAACCGAUGGCCUUCCAGAUGGACUAUGAUUCCCAUCAGCCCUUGCCAGCAUGGUCAAGUGGCAGAGCUGAUGGGAAUUGCAGUCCAUGAACAUCUGGAGGGGCAUAGGUUAGAAGACCCCUGCUCUAUAGACUACAAAUUGCUAGAGUAGGUGAUUUUGAUGGCAGCAGAGACAUGUUGAAAUGGGUUGGGUUAUUGCCAAGUGGGACUUAAUUGGCCAUUUUUGCCUCGGCGUGUGUUUCCUGAAAUGGUUUAAUCUGUUGUGAAUUUGCACUUUUUCCACAGCUAUUAAACACUGACAGUUAA